UUCUCGUCCCUGACAGGCGGGCGGUCUAUCCGGGGGUUAUGGGAGCGAUCUGGUGUCCGGGAUGGAGACUCGUCGCUUUUUGUCCCCGGCGUUGGAGCCACCCUGGGUCCUCGACCGAGGCUGCGGGGAGGGUAGAACCGUUCCUUAGCCUGAGGUGGAGUGGAACAGCAGGUGCUGAGAGAGGGCUGAAGCGGCUAUGGACAUGGGAGCGCCCGAGACCGGCCCGGGACGCAGGAGCGCAGGGGCCGCGGCGACCCAAGAGCUCAAACCCUUUCACACGCGCGCAGGAGGAGGAUUGGCGGCGGCGGAACAAGACGGUGCUCACCUACGUGGCCGCGGCCGCCGUGGGCAUGCUGGGGGCGUCAUACGCCGCUGUGCCCCUUUAUCGGCUCUAUUGCCAGACUACUGGACUGGGAGGAUCAGCAGUAGCAGGUCAUUCAUCAGACCAGAUUGAAAACAUGGUGCCUGUUAAGGAUCGAAUCAUUAAGGUUACCUUUAAUGCAGAUGUGCAUGCAAGUCUCCAGUGGAACUUUAGACCUCAGCAAACAGAAAUAUAUGUGGUACCAGGAGAGACUGCAUUGGCAUUUUAUAAAGCUAAGAAUCCUACUGACAAACCAAUAAUCGGAAUUUCUACAUAUAAUGUUAUACCAUUUGAAGCUGGACAGUAUUUCAAUAAAAUACAGUGCUUCUGUUUGAAACAACGACUUAACCCCCAAGAAGAAGUAGACAUGCCAGUAUUUUUCUACAUUGAUCCUGAAUUUGCUGAAGAUCCAAGAAUGGUGAAUGUUGAUCUCAUCACUCUUUCUUAUACCUUUUUUGAAGCAAAGGAAGGGCACAAGUUGCCAAUUCCAGGCUAUAAUUGAAGUAGCAACCAAGUCCUACUUCAGAUUUAUGAUUUUUGAGAAAUCAUGUAUCCUGCCUUCUCAGAAGAGAAAUAUUCUAUAAUAAGGUGAAGUAAAACCUAUUUUGAAUAGUUUUUUUUCUUCUGCCAACUAAUUUACCCCACUGAAAAAUAAAAGAACAGGUUCAGCCUUUUAUCAUAAAAAAAACUCACCUACCUACAUAGAAUGAAUGACUGUUCACUACUAUACUUAACUGUUCACUACUAAAGAGUUUAUUAAUAUUAAGAGGAACUGCUUGUUUCUUAAAUGUGCAGGCAUGGACUUCAUCAUCAUUCAGCUUAAUUCUAUAGUUGCUUCCCCAAUUAUUGGCUCUUCAUACUUGGAAUGUAAGAAUUAAAAAAAAAAAAUUAUCUAUUUCAGGCCAUAGACCAGAACUUUGGAUCAUGUUUAUUAUUAUCUACAAAAUAGCUAUUUUCCUUCAGUGUGAACAGUAACUAUUUUAGAAUCUCAAAGUGGAAAAGAAGUCACUAAAGCCCUAACAGUGGGCUCAAAGAUUAUAUUCUUAUUUCAAAUUUGACUUUAGUUUCCCUUUAAGGUCUAGGGCUAUUAUACAUUCAGAGUACUGAAUUACUUUGAAAUUGUGGUACUGUUAAAUUGAAAUAAAAUGUAAGAAGUACAUCUAAUUAGACCACUUGAAUUUACUUUCAUAGUUCCAAGUCCCUGAAUGUUAAAAUGGGAGGAUGGGAUUGUGAAGAUUUAUUGACAUAGAAGUUCUGGGAUCAAAAUGCUAUUUAAAAAAAAAAAAAAGUAUUUUAAAUUAUUUGUCAUUAUAAUUCAUAUAAAUGAAUACACAAUUUA